AGAGAGAGAGAGAGAGAGAGAGAGCUUUUGAAGAGAGAAACUAAAAGAAAAUGGGGAAGAGCAUGUGUUUUGUUAGAAAAUUCACGAGAUAAAGGAAGGUAGUAUAUGGAAAAAUAAAAAAAUAAUAAAAAAAGGCCAGUUGAGAGUAGCUGGGCUCAUCGCAUGUUUGCUUCACGCAAGCUGCUUAACGGGGGGGUUUGCUCUCUCGCGUGGCUUUCAAGACUUCUUCUAGCGUUUUAAAUUCCGCAUUAAAAUACUCAUCACCACCCCAAACGCCAAAAACCAACACCCACCAAUCCCAAACCGUAAAAAAAACCCGAUCUUCUUCUUUUCCUACUCCUCCUUUUUCUGACUUCUGGAAGAGCCCCACAAACCCUAAUCAUGGGACCUAUUCUAGUACUUUAAAAGGGAAAGAAGGAUCAGAUUAAAAGAGUUCCAAUCAUGAGUUCAAACCCUAGCAGUAGCGGUGGUGUUGGCAGUUGCAGUAGUGGUGGUGGACCUUGUGGCGCGUGCAAGUUUUUGAGAAGGAAAUGUGUGCCUGGUUGUAUAUUUGCGCCUUAUUUUGACUCGGAGCAAGGUGCAGCCCAUUUUGCAGCGGUUCAUAAGGUUUUUGGGGCAAGCAAUGUAUCAAAGCUGCUUCUUCAUAUUCCUGUUCACAAACGGCUUGAUGCGGUGGUUACCAUAUGUUACGAGGCUCAGGCUCGGCUUAGAGAUCCUGUUUAUGGCUGUGUUGCUAACAUCUUUGCUCUUCAACAACAGGUGGUGAAUUUGCAAGCAGAGCUAUCGUACUUACAAGCCCAUUUAGCUACACUAGAGCUUCCAUCACCAUCGCCGCCUCCACCUCCGCUAAUGGCACUGUCUCCUCUUUCAAUAUCAGACCUCCCAUCAGCCUCUUCAGUGCCAGCCACAUACGACUUGUCGUCACUUUUUGAUCCUAUGGUGCAGCCUUCAUGGGCCAUGCAGCAGAGACAAAUCGAUCCACGCCAAUUUGGAGGCAGUGGCUCAUCAUCAUCAACUGGUAGCGGCGAUCUCCAAGCGUCGGCUCGUGAGCUCCACCAUAGACAAGGGUCUCCGCAACUGCCAUGCACCGAAACUUCACCAUCACCAUCUCUCUCAAAGUGAGACUGACCCUUCCCUCAGUAUAUACUUGUCUUGAAAUCUCUCUUGCUCCAUGUACAAGCUAGCGAGGGGGCCUAAUUUCUUGUUAUAUUUCAAUGGCAAGUAAGCUUAAUACCUAAUUUUGUUCUUUCUUUUUUUCUUCUACAUUAAUUUUUUUAUUCCUCUCUUUUAAUAUUUC